AUCAGCAGCAGCAAUGGCGGUGGUGGCUCGUUUCUCAUGCUUCUUCACUCACCCCAACACCUCCCGCCGAUCUCCAACCUCCGAUCAACUCUCCCUCAACUCCCCCCUUCUCGAACCAUGGAAAUCUGCGUUUCUUCGGUUUAGAGUCGAAAAGGUGGUGGCGGCAUUUGGAAACAGUCGAAAUGAGCUGUUGGAGAGGUCUCCGGCCGCUAAAUGCCAGGGAGAUACAAAAUUGAGAUUCCCAGCAAUGGAGCUUCUGAUCGGUAAUGCCUUAAUGUUGACUACACCUUUGAAAGCUUUGGCAGAAACAUGUGAGGCCGACAACUCUUUUUUCAACAUGCCUCUGCUGCUAUCCGUUGCCCUUGUAGGGGCCACUGUUGGUGGGCUGGUUGCUCGUCAAAGGAAAGGGGAAUUACAACGAGUGAAUGAACAGUUACGACAAAUUAAUGCUGCUCUGAGAAGACAAGCUAAGAUCGAAUCAUAUGCUCCCGGUUUGAGUUAUGCGCCUAGUGGAAGAAUACCAGAGAGCGAGGUUAUAAUUGAUCCAAGGAAGCAUGAGUUGAUUUCUCGAUUGAAGGCUGGGAAAAACUUUCUGAGAAAUCAAGAACCACAGAAAGCAACUAUUGAGUUUAAGGCAGCUUUGGAGCUUGCUCAAAGUUUGAAGGACUCAAUUGAAGAGAAGAAGGCUGCAAGGGGUCUAGGAGCCUCACUACAAAGACAGGGCCAGUAUCGAGAUGCCAUUAAGUACCAUUCUAUGGUUUUGGCAAUCUCUGAGCGAGAAGGAGAAGACUCUGGAAACACUGAAGCUUAUGGAGCAAUUGCUGAUUGUUAUACUGAGCUUGGAGAUCUUGAGAGUGCAGGGAAGUACUAUGAUAAUUAUAUUGCUAGGUUGGAGCAAGACUAGACCAGCUGUAUGAACCGAAACUAUGUCACAUGAAUUACUGAGAUGGUAUGAUUAUCAUGAGAAAGGUGCGGAGGACUUGUCACCUGCACUGGCUUGCGGAUCAGUUUG